AUGAUUCCUACGUAUGACUCUUGCCGGAUGUACAACCUGACGGAAGAGGAGCUGACAUCAUGGCCUCCUCAGGCGAUGGAUUUCACGAAUCGAUCCCAGAUCAGCUGUUCCAGCUGGGAAUACAAUCGAACAAUCUUCACCAAUACUAUCAUCAAUCAGUAUGGCAUAGUGUGCGAUAACAAGUACUUAUCCCAAGUGGCUCAAAGCACGUACAUGUUUGGAGUCCUGAUCGGUUGCGUCCUCUCUGGGCAUCUGGCAGACAGAGUUGGCCGGAAGCCGGUGAUGCUAUGGUCGGUUAUCCUGAUGCUGGUGGUAGGGGUCGCUACAUCCUUUGCACCCGAAGUCAUCUCGUUCGUGAUCCUCCGUUUCAUCACCGCCAUGGCUGCUGCCGCCCUCUAUACCACUGCUUUUGUUGUCGAUAUGGUAUUCAUUCAACUUCUUUCAACAGUGAUGGAGGCAGUCGGAGGGCAUCAUCGGCCGAUCAUCGGGUUAGCUUACCAGUAUCCAUUUUCCAUCGGGUUCAUGUCCCUGGCUGGGAUAUCCUGGUUUGCUCGGGACUGGAAACACCUGGAAUUGGCCAUCUCCGUUCCAGUCUCCGUAUUUCUUCUUUAUUACUGGUUUCUUCCCGAAUCCCCCAGAUGGCUCUACAGUAAGAAGCGAGACGCGGAAGCGAAAGCCAUCCUAGACAAGGCAAGGAAGAAAAACAAGCUGCCACCGAAGGAGUCGUCCGCUUCGAUCACGCCGACGGUUCACGACGUGGACCAGGAGGACGCGAUGAAAGAACAGCAUUACACGAUUCUCCACCUCUUCAAGGGACCAAGGCUCCGGUACAGGACGAUCAACCUUUUCUGGAAUUGGUUCGUCAAUUCCUUCGUCUAUUACGGGCUCGCCCUCAACUCCGGCAAUCUAGGCGGGGACAUCUUCAUCAACGUCUUCAUCGGAGGGGUGUACACGAACGAAUGGCCGGUGGUGACGUUGGCGAUGAUAGGGAAAUUCGGGAUCUCGGCGUCGUUUGCCAUCAUUUACGUGUUUUCGGCGGAGAUCUACCCGACGGUGGUGAGGAACAUCGGAGUCGGUUCUUCCUCAAUGUGUGCCCGCAUCGGUUCCAUCAUAGCCCCCUGGGUCGCGCAACUCGAGAAGGACUUGUCGCUUCAGAAGGAACACGUGUUCAUUUUCAAGGGGGAAUACACUCACGAGUUCGUGCCGAUCGUGGUCUUCGGAGCAUCGUCGUUGAUCGCCGGAUUAUUGGCUCUCUUCCUCCCUGAGACCAAAGGACAACGGAUCCCUGAGACCUUGGAAGACGCCGAGAGAGUCGCCAAAAAGUUCGUCCUGUCGUUUAAUUUUGUGACGACACAGUAA